UGACACGUCCAUUGUUGUGGGAGAGGUGGAAGAGAUGCUUGCGGCCCGCGUUGCCAGGAGAACGUCAGGACUCACAGCAGCAAAAUGGGCCUUUCCCCGACGCCACUCCUCUUCCUCGUCCCUGACCACAAAACCAAGGGCACCCCUAUCUGAUGGAUGUGGGGGCAACGGGUGACGGGUGUCUCAGCCAGAACUUUGCAGGUGUCCCCUGAGGGACACGUGGCGGAAUCGGCCCUGAGUUCGUCGGAUUCCGCCGAUGUCGUCAGGAGGCUGGUUGAAUGGAGCACAAGAUCGUAGUGAGGAAUGAGAGGCUCUUAAGAGUGGAAACUCACUGUUUUUCAGUUUACAAGAAACUGGACCAUGACUGCUUUCAGGAAGAUGGACGUCAUCAAUUUCACUGCCUUGCCAAUGGUGCCAGUGGAUGAGCACUUGGCUGUCUCACUCACUGCACAGAAUGAAGUGAAGGAUCCCAUGAGGAAGAACCUGGAGGACAAUCCACCCUUGUGCCUUAUUGGCUCCAUACACCAGGUGAACCAAAUGAUUGGUGAAAUAGAUCUGAGUCCCAAUCCACUGGCGCACAGCCUGGCAAUUGAGACAUUUGAGGUGGAGAAGAAGGCUUUAAGAGAGAAAACUCGCAGCAACUCGGGAGACAGAGGAAAGAGUCAAAGCAAGUCGAAGUUUAUUUUCAGAGGCUCAGAUUCCAGGAAUGCGAAAUCUGUCAUUACCAAAAGGAAAACAGCAGAUAAAAGUCUGCUGGCAGAGCUGUACCAGUAUACACACUUUGACACCUCUAGGCCAAACAGGCUUCCGAAUGGGGUGAGCUUCUCUGACAUGGUGAGCAAUGUGGUGCAGGCUGAGAGAAACCCCCUUAGUGGCAAGUCUUUCUGUUCAGAUCGAGAAUUCGAGAAGUUUCUCUUUUCUCCAUCUCUAAGAGCCAUAUGGCUGGAUAGCUUCUGGUGGAUCUUUCAUGAAAGGUACCAGCCGAAGAAAGAGAUCCAGAGCAAGCUGUUUGACCGGAUAGCCCAGCACUAUGCCUUUCUUUUGUUUCGUGAAUCCAGGUCCCACUAUGAAGAGGCUCUCUUAAAAAGGUUGCCGUCAAUUCUGAGUAAAGCCCUGUACACCAGCUUCUGCUGCUGCUUCCCUCAGUCCUGGUUCAACACGCAUGAAUUCAAGUCUGACAUCUGUAACACGAUGAGCUUGUGGAUUUCAGGUACAUAUCCUUGCCCACAGAGCUACAGCAACUGGGACUACUCGAAACUGGAUCCAGAGAGGUUCCGGAGAGAAGAAUUAAUUUUGCAGAGAAAAAGACAGCUGAAGGGAAGAGCGUUCUUUUCUCUCGCUUCUAGGAGCUAUUCCAGUGGGAAGUCCAUCCAGAGCAGGAAAAUCUGCUGCCCUCAGAAUUCUUCCACUGCAGGCAGGCUUUUCCACUCUCUCUCCACCCAGCAUCUCCCGUGGAAUGUCUUCAUCGAGAAAUUAGAAGCAGUCAAGAGGAAGGCCCUCGCCUUCCUACCAGAACACAGCCUGUCCCCAUCUGCCAUCCCCGGUGCCUGUGGAGGAAGGGCCCUGCCCCCCCACUUGUGCUCUGAACCUCGGCCGCUCGGCUUCCACUCCAGCACUUGGCACCCUCUUUCUUGCACCGUUGUUUUCUUUUCUUACGUCAUCGUUUUCUCCCACUCAGCUGGAUCCCUCUCAUUCUCCUGUGUUUUCCACAUCAUCCACUGCUCUCCACUGAGCUCAGAGGAUGGAGGGCUGAGUCAUCGAAAUAGGUACCGGAAAGGUCUCCCUCCACAUGUUCCUUUGCUGAGAACGUCUUUGGAUGUAAAUUCAACCAAGAAGAGAAACUUUAUUGCCAAUAAGAAUUCAGCGGAUGGCUCACGAACACAGAAUGCCUCAAAAGAGCGUAAUUGUCAGACUCUGGUCUUGAGGAAAGCAACGCAAAGAGUCAAGCAGAUAUCAGCAGCGAGAGAGCAUGAGAAUAUGCUUCCUAAGCAGUCUUACCCUGCCUGCAAAAGCCCUGAAAUGACCUCAAACCUCUUCAACAUUUAUGGGAAGAGCCCGCUGAUUGUGUACUUCCUCCUGAACUACGCCACUCUGCGGCAGCACGGCAAAGACGUGUUGAUGGUCAGGAGGGAAAAAAGCAAGACCAUCCCGGAGUCCACCCUGACGUAUGCUGAGAUCAUCGAUCUGACCCUGAGCAACAUGAAGAAGCGGAGCAACAACCUCCACCAGCUGAACCGGCUUCACUGGAGUGAAUGGAAUUAUUUCGACAAGUACCUGAAGGAGCUGCAUGAAAACUUUCUCAGGGAGAUGAAGACUAUUGAUCAAAGAGCAAAAGAGAAAAAAAAGGCAAACCACAUGUUCAUCCAGCCUUCAACCUUCACUGAGGACUGCCCUGAAAAGAAAUCUAAAGAAGGACAAGGAGGAGAGGGAAGGAGAAUGGAAACAGAAGUUGAACUGCUUGAUGAAUUCUCUUCCCUGAAACUAGGAAGUCCCUACAAAAUCUCUGAUAUUUCUGCUACCAGCAAGGUCACCAGGAAGUCAAAACCAAUGCAGAAAAAGGAAGUAGUGUUCCUUAUCCUCUCACCUUCCAGCUUACCUGCGUGAAUUCUUGCCCAAGAAUCAGAACUUUUUGGAUGAAGGCUGCACAUAUUGGAUUUAAUCUAAAAUAUAAACAAAUAAAAAAUAAUACUUCAGUAUAUUUAGUCAUUUCCAGUCCAUGGGACAAAGAAUAUUAAAGUCUACUCCUACCCUGGGCCA